AAACUUUUUGUGCAACACCAAAAAGAAUCCACUGUCUGGGGGGGGGGGAAGAAGAUCUCUCAAGUCCACAAAAACAUGUGGCUGAGAAAUCACUCUCCCAUGACGUGGCACCCCACACUUCACUUUAAACAAAUCCAAAUCCUAAACCGCGACCAUGCCAGCAAAGACUUCCCUCACCCUUCCCAAACUCAUAUACCCAUGAGCGAGAAAAAGAUUUAGUGAGAGAGAGAGAGAGAGAGAGAGAGAGGAAAUCCAGACCCAAAGGAAGAAGGUGAUUCAAAGUAGAGUUUUUAUUCUUUCAUCGAAUUAGUUGGGAUUUCGGGUGUUUUCUAGGGGAAAGUUGGAAGGAAAAACAUGAAGGACACGGCGAUCAAGCUGUUUGGGAAGAAGAUUGCGCUGCCGGAGAACGGCUGGAAUCCGGCGGUCUCCGGCGAAGACUCCAGUGGUCUUUCCGGGGCUGAAGAUGGGAAGUCUUGCGGUGAUCGUAGUUCGGCGAAGAGCGCUUGUUUGGGAGACAAGAAAGUAGUGAUGAGCAGAACAGGGAAUGAAGAAGAACAGAGUGAUCAUGAAGAGGGAAAAGAAUUGGCAGCUGAUGACAAGGAUUUGUUUGAAGGAAACCCCAUUGAGUGCAAACAACAAAGGGACACAAACCAAGAACCAUUGCCGGAGUCUGAGCAUGAUAACCCUAAAACACCUUCUAUUGAUGAAGAGAAUGCAACCGCAAAAGCUCCCAAGGGUGAAAAUGACCAAAGUGACCCAAACAACCCACAACAGAAACCCCUCAAGAAACCUGACAAAAUUAUUCCUUGCCCCCGUUGUAAUAGCUUGGAAACCAAGUUCUGUUAUUACAACAACUACAACAUCAAUCAGCCCCGGCACUUCUGCAAGAACUGCCAGAGAUACUGGACUGCCGGUGGAACCAUGAGGAAUGUUCCAGUAGGUGCUGGUCGUCGCAAGAACAAGAACUCUGCCUCACAUUUUCGCCAUCUCACCAUUCCCGAUGUAUUACAUGGAAUUCGAAUCGAUCCUACUAAUGGAAUCAACCACCCUAACUUCAAAACUAAUGGAACGGUUCUCUCUUUUGGACCAGAAGCGCCUCUUUGUGAAUCCAUCGCUUCCGUCUUCAAACUUGCAGAGAAGAAGGGGGGUUCUAACGGCGGAGAAAUUGUCGAUGAUUGCUCUAGUGGAUCUUCUGUCACGACAUCAAAUUCAGUGGCAGAAGGGGUGAAAAAUGGGUUUAUUCAAGAGCCAACAAUGAGGAAUUUAAACGGAUUUUCCCCCCAAAUUCCAUGCCUCCCCGGAAUUCCCUUUCCUUAUCCUUGGAAUUCCACGAUUCCUGUUCCGGCCUUUUCCCCGUCUGGAUUUCCUAUGCCGUUCUACCCUCCUCCCCCCUACUGGAACUGUAACAUACCGGGCGCUUGGACUGUUCCUUGGUUCCCUGUACCAAAUUCACAGCUUGGGAAACAUACAAGAGAUGGGGAAUUGCUCAAACCAAGCAACCCAGAGGGAAAAGAGGCCGAACAACAGAGGAAUUCAGAGGGAUCUGUUUUGAUUCCAAAAACAUUGAGGAUUGAUGACCCUGAUGAGGCGGCGAGGAGUUCUAUUUGGGCAACGCUUGGGAUCAGGAACGAUGAUUCCGCCAGCAGAGGAAGCCUUUUCAAGGGCUUCCAACCAAAGGGUGAGAAAAAGAAUCUGACACCCGAAACCCCUCAAGCGCUUCGGGCUAAUCCUGCAGCAUUCUCUAGAUCCCUCAGCUUCCAAGAGAGUAGCUAAGCGGGAGUAUUGAGUUUGUCGGAGAGUGAUUGGAACUCCAUUCAUCAUCCAAGAUGGAUGUUUGAUUCACAGACUUGAUGGGGGGACUCAUUUCAGAGAAGGUAACAGGGAAUGAGAAUUCCUUUCUUGUGACAUUUAGAAGAAGUACCUUGUUUUCCCUAUUUGGUUAGUGUCAGUUGCUCAGUUGCUGUGGAUAUAUGUACAGGAAUGCCUGACAUUAGGAAAAAGUGGGAGUGCUGUAAAUGUACCAAAAUCCCAGAUGUUUUGGAUGAUGUAACUGUGAAUUCCAAUCCUGAUACAAAAAGUCCAGACACAACCGUGUCUGAAGCUGUUCGAUGUAUGUGGACCCAUGUACAUUCAAUGGCUCCAGACAUAGUAGUGUCUGAAGUUGUGUUUUAAAAUUGUGUCUGUAGCAUUUGCUCAUUUGGAUAAUGGCUCUUCAUCUUAUCUAACUAUCUUCCUUGUUGGUCUGAAUAAGAAUAAACUUCUUC